CGGGGCGGGGCCCGCCAGGCUCCAAAGACUGGACUCACGGUCCAUCUUUCCGACCUGUAAUCGCGUCACCGUGGUCUUGGCUCUGGCCUUGACCGGCCUGGAGCUGCAGCAUGGGGCCCCCGCCGCGCACCGUGGAGCUCUUCUACGAUGUGCUGUCCCCCUACUCCUGGCUGGGCUUCGAGGUGCUGUGCCGGUAUCAGAAGCUCUGGAACGUGCAGCUGCAGCUGCGGCCCGCCCUCAUUGCAGGGAUCAUGAGAGACAGCGGAAACAAGCCUCCAGCGAUGGUGCCUCGAAAAGGAAAAUACUUGAGAAGUGACCUGAGGCUCCAGGGAGAGCAUUUCCAAGUCCCCGUCCGAUUCCCAAAGGAUUUCUUCUCUGUGAUUCUUGAAAAAGGAAGUGUGUCUGCCAUGCGAUUCCUCACUGCCUUGAGCAUGCAACGCCCAGAGAUGCUGGAGAAGGUGUCCAGAGAGCUGUGGAUGCGCGUCUGGUCACGGGAUGAAGACAUCACGGAGCCCCAGAGCAUCCUGGCGGCUGCAGAGAGGGCUGGUCUGUCUGCAGAAGACGCCCGAGCACUGCUAGAGAAGAUAUCCACACCGCAGGUGAAGAACCAGCUCAGGGAGACCACGGAGGCAGCCUGCAGAUACGGGGCCUUUGGGCUACCUACCACCGUGGCUCACGUGGAUGGCCAGACCCACAUGUUAUUUGGCUCUGACCGCAUGGAGUUACUGGCACACCUGCUGGGAGAGAAGUGGAUGGGCCCUGUGCCUCCAGUCCUGAGUGCCAGACUUUGAGACUGCUCUGGGGAAGCUCACUGUUCAGAGGAGCAGGCCCUCGGCUGACCACUCUUCCGCCGUGGCUUCUCUGUCUAAUAGAGGUAGCCCCUGUGGCCCUCUGGGCUUUGUCUUCUCGCCACCCCGGGGAUGCCAGAGAAGUUGUCUACCGUUCGUCCUGUGGCUGCCUUCUGUGCCUCACAAGUGCCUUUUGGAGAGCCCCAGAUUCUGUUUCGCCUCAGAAUAAACCUAUGCUGUUAGGAAAACCA